AUGGCGGCGGCAAAGAAUUUAACCUCCCAGCUGAGCUCCAAGUCGCCGACUAUACGAAGGAUCCUGCGCGAGGCUGCCGAGAUAUCUAGCUCUCCUUCUGCAGAUUACGCAGCGGAACCUCUCGAAUCCGAUUUUUUCGAAUGGCACUUUACUCUUCGCGGUCCUCCCAACUCCGUCUAUGGUGAAGGGCUCUAUCAUGGACGAAUAGUCCUUCCGUCGACGUAUCCUUUGCGACCCCCCAGUUUCCGCUUCAUGACGCCGAAUGGUCGGUUUGAGGCGAACCGGGAGAUAUGCCUAAGCAUCAGUGGUCACCACGAGGAGACAUGGCAGCCGGCAUGGGGCAUAAGGACCGCAAUUGUAGCAUUGAGGAGCUUCAUGGAAACCGACGCUCGUGGACAACUGGGAGGCUUAGAUACGACUGACGAAGUGCGGCGUCGUCUAGCUCGCGAAUCCCGAGACUUCAGGUGCUCAACAUGUGGUCGAUCAAACCUUGAGAUCAUCACUUUAUCUGAACAGCAAGUCAGUCAAUUGGCUGUGCCUUCUGGAAAGGACAUACAAGUUCCGACGGAGCUUAGCAUGGCGUGGAAAGAUGAAAUGAUAACGAAGCGUCCAGUUGGCGAUGGUCAUUCAUUGCCCAGUGAUCGGCUCGACAACGGGUCGCAAGAUGGGGACUCGGAUGCUGCUGAAACCACCGAAGUCUUCGCUCAAACAUCUGCUAAUCCACAAACACGUGGUAAAUCCCAGGAGUCGUCGACCCAUGGUAAUGAGCCGUCGAGUUCUACAUCUCCCAGACACGAUGAGGGUCAUGCGCCGACCACCAGCAGAGUAACUGAGGCAGCGGCGUCAGAACAAGCCUUGACUCGAAGGCCGCCACGUACAUUGCAGCCACAUGAUGAAGGUGUUCCAUUGUGGGUGGAUCGAGCCAUUGUAGCUUUGGUCAUUGUCUUGAUAGCACUGCUCCUCAAAGUAUUAGUAGGUUUUUAA